AGUACAAAACCCCUCCCAUAUGAUCCCACAGCCUUCUCCCAUCGCAAACACAUAAUCUCUUUCCCGCCUAAUUGUUCGUCUUCUCCGACCCACCAGUCGCGAAGCAAAGAUGCUGUGGGUAGACAAGUACAGACCCAAAACCCUAGAUCAGGUCAUUGUCCAUGAGGACAUUGCCCAGAACCUCAAGAAGCUGGUUAUGGAGCAAGAUUGUCCGCAUUUGCUCUUCUACGGACCGUCUGGUUCGGGUAAGAAAACCCUUUCUUCUUUUGUGAAAGUGGAGAACAGGGCAUGGAAGAUUGAUGCAGGGAGUAGAACCAUUGAGCUGGAGCUCACUACAUUAUCAAGCACCAACCAUGUGGAACUCACUCCUAGUGAUGUAGGCUUUCAGGACAGAUAUAUCGUUCAAGAGAUAAUUAAGGAAAUGGCAAAGAAUAGGCCAAUUGACACUAAAGGGAAAAAGGGAUAUAAAGUGUUAGUACUAAAUGAGGUUGACAAGCUCUCAAGAGAAGCGCAACAUUCUCUGCGGAGGACAAUGGAGAAAUAUAGCUCCUCUUGUCGUCUCAUUUUAUGCUGCAACAGCUCGUCCAAGGUGACAGAAGCCAUUCGAUCGAGAUGUCUGAAUGUUCGGAUUAAUGCACCUUCUCAAGAACAGAUAGUUAAGGUGUUGGAGUUCAUUGCAAAGAAAGAAGGCCUGCAAAUGCCCCAGGGCUUUGCUGCUCGUAUUGCCGAAAAGUCAAACCGCAGUCUUAGGAGAGCUAUUUUGGCAUUUGAGACUUGUCGUGUUCAAAAGUAUCCAUUCACGGGUAACCAAGAGAUACCUCCCAUGGAUUGGGAAGAAUAUGUUGCUGAAAUAGCAACCGACAUGAUGAAGGAGCAGAGCCCUAAAAGGUUGUUUCAGGUGCGAGGAAAGGUGUAUGAAUUGCUAGUUAACUGUAUACCACCGGAUGUCAUAUUGAAGAGACUCCUUCACGAAUUGCUGAAGAAACUGGACUCGGAGUUGAAGCUUGAAGUUUGCCACUGGGCUGCAUAUUAUGAGCAUAGGAUGCGGCUUGGUCAGAAAGCCAUAUUUCACAUAGAAGCAUUUGUGGCCAAGUUCAUGAGCAUCUACAAGAAUUUCCUCAUUUCAACAUUUGGGUGAGGUGCCUCCGGUUAAGCAGACACAUCCGGUCUUAAUUUUCCGCUGCUUGCCCGAGGUUAGUUUUUGGUUUUAGUAUGUUCGCCCCAUGUAGCACUUGCUGAGAUUGCGGAGAUGGUGUUCUGUAUCUCUUUGGUUCUGCCUUGUCAUGUUCUGUUUCACGACUCCACCCCUUGUCGGCUUGUGUAGGCAUUACUAAAGGCUAAAUCUAUGAAUGGGAAGAUGGAUCUACGAAUGUUUUCUUUUCGAUGCGGGUGUCUCUGGUCAGGGAUUAUGGAACUUGGGGGGAAACUCUCGGGACGUUUUCUUUUUGGCUGUUGGCAAUUGCGAGGAAUUCUCGGGUUAAGCUUAUAAAGUUCAUGCAUAUAUGGAACUGUUUGAAACGAUCUA